AUGGGCGACACUGCUGCAAAGUCGUCAUCCUCGACGGCCUCGCACGAGGUCUUUGUCGGCUCCAUCGACCAGGGCACCACGAGCACGCGGUUCCUCGUCUUCAACCGGCACGGCGAGGUGGUGGCAUCGCACCAGAUCGAGUUUAAGCAGAUCUAUCCGCAUCCUGGAUGGCACGAGCACGAUCCACUGGAAAUCAUUUCGUCGGUGGAGCAAUGCAUCGACGGGGCGGUCAAGGACCUCGAGAACCAGGGCCACGCAAGCGCCAGCAUCAAAGCCGUGGGGAUCACGAACCAGCGUGAGACAACGGUCGUAUGGAACCACGAGACGGGCGAGCCGCUGUACAAUGCAAUCGUGUGGACCGACACCCGUACCCAGGCCCUCAUCCGUAAGCUCAAGCAUCGGCUGGGAUCAGACCAGCUGCAACAACUCUGUGGUCUUCCCCUGUCGACGUAUCCCUCAGUGGGCAAGCUCCUCUGGCUGCUCGACAACGAGCCCAAAGUCAAAGAGGCCUACGACAAAGGCAUCCUCGCCUUCGGCACCAUCGACGCCUGGUUGGUCUACAAGCUCAACGGCGGGCCCAAGAAGAAUGUCUUUGUGUCGGACCCGACCAAUGCCUCGCGGACCAUGUUCAUGAACCUCAAGACCCUGGACUACGACGAGUCGCUCAUCGAUUUCUUCCGGCUGGACCAGUCCAAGAUUCACCUCCCCAAGAUCACUCGGUCGUCAGAUCCCGAGGCAUACGGGCGUCUGGAGCUGAGUGUGCUCAAAGGCACCCCUAUCACUGGCUGUCUGGGCGAUCAGUCAGCCGCCCUGGUCGGUCAAAAGGGAUUUACUCCCGGGCUGGCCAAAAAUACCUACGGGACCGGCUGUUUCCUCCUGUACAACGUCGGUGAAAAGCCGGUCUUCUCCACCCACGGCCUUCUCGGCACCGUGGCCUACGACUUUGGAGAGGGCAAGCGCAUGUACGCGCUCGAGGGGAGUAUCGCCGUCGCCGGAUCCAGUGUCAAGUUCUUGGUCGAUAAUUUUGGCUUUGUCGAGUCCUCGAGUAAGAUAAGUCAGUUGGCUGCCACUGUCGAAGACAAUGGCGGCUGUGUCUUCGUCACCGCAUUCAGCGGAUUGUUUGCUCCAUACUGGAUUGAUGACGCGAGAGGAACCAUCUACGGCAUAACAGCCUACACGCAGCGUGGACAUAUUGCACGCGCCACUCUCGAGGCAACGUGCUUCCAAACAAAAGCCAUCCUCGACGCCAUGGAGAAGGACUCGGGUGCGAAACUUGCUGAGCUUGCCGUCGACGGUGGCAUGAGUAACUCAGAUUUGACCAUGCAGACGCAAGCGGAUUUGAUUCAGAUCCCGGUGCGGCGGCCGCAGAUGCGGGAGACCACUGCCCUCGGAGCUGCCAUCGCCGCCGGAUUGGCUGUCGGGGUGUGGGACAGCAUUGAAGAGUUGAAAGACAUCAAUGUCGAGGGCAGCACUGUCUUCAAACCACAGCUGCAUGAGGCCAAGAGCAAGGAGAUGUUCGAGAGGUGGGAAAAGGCAGUCCAGAUGUCCAAAGGUUGGUCGUCAUAA